CUGUGCGACACAAACGUGGUAUGCAAAAACUCUAUUUCCCAGAUAUCACUGUUUCAUUUGUAUAUCCGGUACGGGUUGUCCUAGGGGCUCGACAAAGGGUUGGACUUCCUCUCUCUCCCGAUAUCUCGACGGAGGUGCAACAUGCCUGCCAAGGACGACAAGAAGAAGAAGGAUUCGGGCAAGUCCAAAAAGGACAAGGACCCCGUCAACAAGUCCGGAGGCAAAGCCAAGAAGAAGAAGUGGUCCAAGGGAAAGGUGAGGGACAAGCUCAACAACUUGGUCCUCUUCGACAAGGCCACCUAUGACAAGCUGUACAAGGAAGUGCCCAACUACAAACUCAUCACACCGGCCGUGGUGUCCGAGAGGCUGAAGAUCAGGGGUUCCCUGGCCAGAGCCGCCCUCCAAGAGCUGCUUCUCAAAGGCAUGAUCAAGCUUGUGUCAAAGCACAGAGCACAGAUCAUCUACACCAGAAACACCAAGGGUGGAGACGAAGCUGUUCCUGAGAAGGAGGCAUAGAAGGCCCUGCCGUCAUGAUUCCAUUGGUUAUGUCUUGGUAUUGUAACAUAAAUUGAAUAAAAACACAAAAACUUUGA